GGGGCGUGGCUAGGGCUGAUUGUUGCGUCACGGCGGCGGUGUCAGCUGAGGUGCUCGAGGGGAGCGGCUGGAAAUGGCGAGUCAGUCCCAGGGUAUUCAGCAGCUGCUUCAGGCCGAGAAACGGGCGGCCGAGAAAGUGGCCGAGGCUCGGAAGAGGAAAAACCGCAGAUUGAAGCAAGCAAAAGAGGAAGCUCAGGCUGAGAUUGAACAGUACCGUCUACAGAGAGAAAAGGACUUUAAAGAUAAGGAAAAUUCUGCACUUGGUUCACAUGGUGAUUCAGCAACUGAGGUAGAUAAAGACACCCAAGAGAAAAUUAAGAAAAUUGGAGCAAGCUAUGAACAGCACAAGGAAAAUGUCUUGAAUAAUCUUCUUUCCUUGAUCUGCGACAUAAAACCAGAAAUUCAUGUAAACUAUCGCGUUAAUGGUUAGAUUAAUGCACAAAGCAACACCAAACUAUCAUUGAAAUAGCAAUCUUUUGUGAUAUUACCGUGAUUAUGCAAACUCUUAUUUGUGCAGCACUUUUACUUCUCAAAAUCUGCAUCAGAUGAAUUUGUGAAAAGGGCGGUUUGAGUUCCUACUGCAGAGUGUCCUUAUUAAUAUUGAAACUUCGUAUUCCUCACUUCCACUAGAUAUAUCCAGGCAAAACUGUAGGUGCUAUAACUGUAAAGAGUUACUAUUUACAAAAAGGAGAGGAGAGGGGAAGUUAAGCCUUUAAUAAAUGAAAAGUAAUUUUGGGGAGGGGACAGAUGAGAAAUGUAACCCAUAAUUGUGUGCAUUUUGAAGUAUUUGAAUCUAAAAAGGAUAUGCUGGACAUUUUCUAAAAUUAUAGGGUAAUUAUUAUUUUGUCAAUUGGAUCUAAUUUGGAGAUGGACCGAAUUGCAGCUGAGCCUGAAAUGCUCUUGGGCAAUUGUAAAUCAUUUAAUGGUCCCAAAUUAGUUAUUAGAAAUGCUCCUGUUGGGGACAGUGUGUUUCUGCAUGUCAUUCAAAUCCAAUUCAAAAAUAAGAAAGCACCCUAUUGAGCUUUUCUUCAGAAUCAAAGCUGUUUAACAGCUGACAGUUCAAAUGUUUUCCAGGUUUGUGUUGAGAUGUUUAUUGAUUAGUGUUUUGCAGUAUGAUAUAGCUCACAGGUUGGGAGCAGUUUUAUAUUUCCAUUUGAACUGCUUCUAGCAAUGUUUUAUGCUGCUUGUUACCUUUGUUUUCUGUAACUGUGUUCAGAAAAUAACCAUUUUCCUCUCCUAAUAAAUCUGUACCAAUAAAGAUUGUGCUUCUCA